UGCUGCGCCAGACACAGCCAGACGCGGACGCAGCAUGAAGACGCCGAGGCCGCUGCCGCUCCCGCUGUUGCUGCUCUUGCUGGCGGCGCUGUCCGGAUGGAGCGGCCGUGCUGGGGCAUCGCCCGCCGGGGAGGUGGGCCUUCCCUCAAACAACCUACUGCUGGGGCCGACCUUCGACGCCCGCCUCGCCUACGGAGGAAAACUGCUGGCUCCGGACAAGGAGCGUGCCGACCAGGGAUACGUGUACGAAAAGCCGCCGCAACCGUUCACCUACCCAACCAGAGGGACAACCACCACCACCACCGCCAGACCCUUCACCUACACUACUAGGAAACCAGUCUCUUAUCUUCCCCCUGUAACCACUACCACAGCUAGACCCUUCACUUACACCACUCCGAAACCAGUCUCUUAUGUUCCUCCCUCGACUACCACCACCGCUAGGCCCUUCACCUAUACCACUCCGAAACCAGUCUCUUAUCUUCCCCCUACAACCACUACCACCGCUAGGCCCUUCACCUAUACCACUCCAAAACCAGUCUCUUAUCUUCCCCCCACAACCACUACCACAGCUAGGCCCUUCACCUAUACCACUCCAAAACCAGUCUCUUAUCUCCCUCCGUCAACUACCACAGCUAGGCCCUUCACCUACACCCCACCCACCACAACCGCGAGACCCUACACAUAUACAUUCGCUACAUCCACUCCUAAACCAGUCACCUACCUCCCUCCCACAACAACUGUGAGACCCUAUACUUACACAUCCCCUACGACCACUUUCAAACCAGUCUCCUACCUCCCUCCUGUAACAACUGUCAGGCCAGUUACUUAUACAUAUUCGACUACUACUGCCAAACCCUUUACUUACACCUAUCCUACGACAACUCGCAAACCCUAUUCCACAACCACAGCUCGACCUUCUACUUAUACAACGAGACCAACGUAUGCUACAACUGGUUAUACGACGCAGUCGCCGAGGGUAACGUUUACGUACCCCACGAGGCCGCCGACUACCACUGCGAGGCCCUACACGUUCACCACUACAACGAGGCGCCCGACGUUCACGACUCCGAGGCCGACGCCGCCGCCCACUACAGUUAGAACGGCACCUCCUGUCACUGGAUACAAGUACCCGUCUCCAACCGUCACUUUUACGUAUCCCACCAGACAGCCAACCACCACUGCGAGACCCUUCACCUACACAACCACCAGCAAGCCCAUUACCUACACCUACAGCACUACUACAGCUAAGCCCUUCACAUACACCUAUCCAACGACCACUUUGAGACCAUACACAUACAGCACCGUCAGAACAACCGGUUACCCCACUGUAUCUCCAAGUGUUACAUUCACCUACCCAACGAGACCUACAACCACCAGUGUCAGACCAUAUACAUUCACUACAACGACCAGGAGACCGACUUUCACCACUCCAAGACCCACAUAUUCGACAACAACACCGAGGCCUUUCACUGUUACAACUCGACAGCCAACAUUCAGCACCUAUAGACCCUCUCAGUCUACAACAGUCUUCACUGGCUACCAGAAGGAAUCACCUAGUAGGCCCUUCACGUACCCAACAACACAGAGACCUUUCACAUAUAGUACUACAACAGCGAGACCAACAUUCAUCACAACAACCACAAGGAGGCCAACAACAACAUUCCGACCUACAUUCAUCACGACAACCACAAGGAGGCCAACAACAACGUUCCGACCUACGACAAUCUACACUACGAGACUGCCAACCACUACUCUUCGGCCGUACACAUUCAGUACGACGACGCAAAGGCCAACUUUUUCGAUUCAGACAACCCCCAAAAUAACUGGGUAUCCCAAGGAAACACCCAGCAGACCUUUCACAUACCCUUCAAGACUCCCAACGACAACCACACCUCGGCCUUACACGUACACCACUACAACUACUUUACGACCAGUCACUUUUACCACAACCUCUCCAAGGCCGACUUAUACAACACCAAGGCCGACAUUUACAACACCACGCCCCACUUACAGUACCCCUAGGUACACGUACACCACUCCGAGGCCGACAUAUACGACUCCGAGGCCGACAUAUACGACUCCGAGGCCCACAUACACAACUCCUCGGCCAGUGACGUAUCCCAGCACGCAGACAAUCUUCACUGGCUAUCCAAAAGAAUCACCUAGCAUCCCGUUCACUUACCCGACACCAGGAGCGCCUGCAGGAGACGCGAGGAAGAGUGCAGGACAACCUUUCUCAUACCCAGCACUCUUUCCGGGAGCAGAUUUUGACCUGCGCCUCUUGAAGAAGAGGUCUGCUCCCGUGAUUACAGGAGAGCUGCAGAGAAAGGAACGAGCCGACGAUGGAAAGCGGGUGCAACGACAGUGUACCCUGAGUUCCCUGUUUGUAAGCAGGCUGGAUUUACCCGUGAUGAGAAUAACCGGACAGCAGUACAUGCUGUUUCUGCAGAGUGUAAUUCUAGAUGUACAUCAUGAUAUCCCAGUGAGGCAACGCCUGAACAUUGGGUUCAUGCAUGAAGGUGCUCCAGAACAUUUUCAUUUACGAGUACGCCGGCUUCUAACUCGGUCGUACCGGCCGGAGAAGCACGGCGGCGGUCGCUACGUGGACGACCCCCGGCGCUGGGAGCUGCGCGAGUCCGUGCCCGGAGAGCCCGGCACCGACUACCCCGUCUACAGCACCAUCCCGAGCACCGCCUUCUCCUGCCAGGGGCGCUCCGAAGGGUACCACGCCGACCCGGAGACGCGCUGCCAGGUGUUCCACGUGUGUGCGGGUCCGUCGCCGGUGCCCAAGUCGUCAGCGCUGUGCCCCAACGGGUCGGUGUUCAACCAGGACAUCGGCACCUGCGACUGGUGGAACAACGUCGACUGCCCAGGCUCCGCCGUCUUCCGCGCUGGCAGCCCGCACCUGCCCAUACCGGAGUACUCGGGCAACCUCGUCCUGCCACAGGUGGACGUCGUUUAA